UAAAUGAGAGGAGUGAACAAUAUAUCGUCAACCAAAAACCAGAUCUGUAUAUAAUGUAUUCGUUGGAAGGAUUUAAAAGAGGGGGGAUCCCUAGAAAGUUCUGAGCGUCUCGGAGCCCUGUGGUAGCAAAGGAGAGGGGAAAAAAGCCCUAAUUUUGUGAGCAAUGGCAUCGUUCGACGAAGCUCCACCUGGCGAUCCAAAAUCUGGAGAGAAGAUCUUUAAGACGAAGUGUGCCCAGUGCCACACCGUUGAUAAGGGAGCCGGACACAAGCAAGGACCCAAUUUGAAUGGUCUUUUCGGAAGACAGUCUGGGACAACUCCUGGGUACUCCUACUCUUCUGCUAAUAAAAACAUGGCUGUUAUAUGGGAAGAGAAGACAUUAUAUGACUACUUGCUUAACCCUAAGAAGUACAUCCCAGGGACAAAAAUGGUUUUUCCCGGGCUGAAGAAGCCACAGGAACGUGCUGAUCUCAUUUCUUAUCUCAAGCAAUCCACCACAUCCUAAUUUGUGUCUGACAGUUCCAUUUUAUUUUGCGGCAAUUGAAGGUGUCUUGUUGCAGAGCCGGAUAAGUAACUGUAUUUUUCUCUUAGAAUAAGAAUACCAGGGUCUGCUAUGGUGUUUCUUUCCAAAGUAGCAGAAGAUUAGGUACAUUGCCUCUUUUGUAAGGAGGGGACACUAUCACCCGUUUACGAUAUAAUUUAUUUUGAGAUGACUAUUCAAUGUGCGGUGAUUUUUAGCCACUGGCACAAUGAUCAUUUGAUGAUAUUGCUCAUUGCUUUA